AACUGCUUACCAACAGAUUAUUGUUGGCUCUGCAUGUUAACAAUUAAAUAUAAUGACGUUUGUUGUGGGAUUAAUUAUCGGAAUAACAGUUGGAUUCUUGGUAAUUGUUGUAUUUGUUCGAUGUGAGAAUACUCGGUCCAAACGUCGUUCUGCACUUGCAACGAUAGUCGCUGCAUUUGCAAGGAUGACUCGUGAAGACUCACAAAAAUUACUUUCCCCUGAAUAUUACCCUUCUUGGGUUGUUUUCUCGCAGCAACAGAAGUUGAGUUUGAACUGGCUUAAUUCUCACCUUACAAAAAUUUGGCCACACGUUGACGAGGCGGCAUCCGAGCUUAUAAAGGCAAGCGUGGAGCCAAUUCUGGAGCAAUAUAGACCACAUGUACUGUCUUCCUUGACAUUCUCCAAGCUUACUCUUGGCACGGUCGCACCACAGUUUACAGGAGUUUCUGUUAUCGAGGAUGAAAAUGAUGGAAUAACUCUGGAAUUGGAGAUGAAUUGGGAUGGGAACCCUAAUAUAAUACUUGAUGUCAUGACUAGACUUGGGGUUGGAUUGCCAGUGCAGGUGAAGAAUAUUGGAUUCACAGGGGUUUUUAGGUUGAUUUUCAAGCCACUGGUGAAUAAGUUUCCAUGCUUUGGAGCCGUGUCAUUUUCCUUAAGAGAGAAGAAGAAGAUGGAUUAUACUCUGAAAGUAGUUGGUGGCGAUAUAUCUGCUAUUCCCGGUAUUGCUGAUGCUCUUGAGAGUACUAUAAAUGAUGCCGUUGAGGAUUCAAUCACAUGGCCUGUUCGGAAAGUUAUUCCUAUUCUCCCUGGUGAUUACAGUGAUCUUGAACUAAAGCCCAUGGGGACAUUGGAGGUGAAGCUUAUACAAGCACAUGGUCUGACUAAUAAAGAUCUUAUUGGGAAGUCUGACCCUUUUGCUAUAUUAUAUUUACGUCCCUUGUGUAGCGGAACUAAAAAGAGCAAAGUUAUUGACAACGACUUGAAUCCAGUUUGGAACGAACAUUUUCAAUUUGUAGUUGAAGAUAUAUCCACCCAGCACUUGACAGUAAAAGUAUAUGAUGACGAUGGGAUUCAAUCCUCAGAACUCAUUGGAUGUGCUCGGUUAAAGCUAAGUGAACUUGAGCCCGGUAAAGUUAAGGAUGUGUGGUUAAACUUGGUAAAAGAUUUGGAAAUCUGUAGAGACAAUAAAGACAGAGGCAAGGUGCAUUUGGAGCUAUUAUAUUGUCCAUACGGUGUGGAAGACGGUUUCACCAAUCCAUUUAGUUCCAAUCUAUCAUUGACAUCUCUGGAAAAGGUUUUGAAAGGUGUUCAAAAUGGUGACGUAUUCGAUAACAGAAGAAAAGCAGUGAUUAUUAGGGGAGUACUAUCUGUCACGGUAAUAUGUGCUGAAGACUUGCCGCCUGCAGAUCUAAUGGGGAAGGCCGAUCCUUUUGUGGUGCUCAGUAUGAAGAAAACUGGAACCAAAACUACGACCAGGGUUGUAAAUGAAAACUUGAAUCCAAUUUGGAAUCAGACUUUCGACUUUGUUGUUGAGGAUGGUUUACAUGACAUGCUAAUAGCGGAAAUUUGGGACCAUGAUACAUUUGGGAAGGAUUUCAUGGGCAGAUGCAUUUUGACAUUAACAAGAGUUAUAUUAGAAGGGGAAUACCAAGACAUUUUUCAAGUUGAAGGAGCCAAAACCGGGAAACUUACUUUGAGUCUCAAAUGGUCAGGGCAACCAAUUUAUCGCAAUUCCUAGCAUCUAUGUAGACGGCUCACCAAAAUUCGGGUUCGUUAAAAAGAACAGCCAUUGAACAAUUCAAUGAAAGCUAUGAAUCAUUGGCCAAAGUUGGUGUACUUGGCCUAGAUGUUGAAGAUGGUAAGAUCGACAUGGUCUCAUGUGCAACUAGAUAUGGAUAUUCCUGGUGCAAAUUUGUGUUUGCACUUUUAGUUUUGAAACUUUUGGAGUCCACAAUUUUGUGAAAAGUCAAGUAAACAUGAUAUAUAAUGUUAAAGUGGCAUUUGAGUUAUGGAA